GGCCGCUGGGAGGAGGAGUCACAGCCCAGCUGCCGCCGCUUCUUACAUCAACAGCCCGGGCGGCGCCGCACCUGAGCGGGCGUCCUGCACGGGAAGGAGCCCGGGGCCCUCCUCUCCCUCCUCUCCCUCCUCCAGGAACCGUCAGUUGCGUUUCUUGGAAGCAGUCCUGCCCGGGAGAGGAAGAAUCUCUCUCAGAUUUUAGCCUGGAGGAAGACAAGAUGUCGGCCCCGCCUCAGGAGCUGCCUGACACUUUGGCUCCCUUCCUGGACACGCGUUCAGCUCAAGAGCUGCCUCCAGGGCCAGAUGGGUUUGCUGUUCCACAUCGGGAUCCGAAUGACAAGCUGACUGGACAACAAAGGCUCCCGGAGGUGGUUCCAGUGCCAGGCUCGGAUCAGACUCAAGUCGUAGCUCUGCCUCCUCAACUCAGAGGUAAGAUUCAAGCUGUAGGUCUAGAUCAGGCUGCAGAUCACCAAGCAUCUGAAACACUUGUUCCACCUCUAGGUAGUCAGAGUUCAAGACCAGGAAGGUUUAUUAUUUCACCAAAGAACAUGAAGAAUGAUCUAGGUCAGCAUCGACGGCUUGCUAAGGUGGUUCCUGGAACUUCAGAUCAAUUUACAUCAAAACCUCAGCAACAACCACAAACUCUACAGGAUGAUGCCUAUCUAGAUCCAAGUAUGGGUACAGUUUAUCCUACUGGUCCACCUCUGGAAUUCCCAGAGAACUUCGUUGAGCCUCCAAGGCCCCCUGAACUUUCUCAAUUCCACCCAGGGGAUGAAACUCAAAAUCCAGAGACCCCUGAGGAGAUCCGAUCUUCUUCACUCCAGCAAGAAGCCUCAGAACAAUCCCCUGAGGAGGUAGAACCUUCUUUAACCCAGCAGGAGGUCCCAGCUCAGCAGCUACCUGAUACUGGAGAGGUUGUAGCUCAGCCAUUAACACGUGAUGAAGUAGAUGUUCCAUCUACAAGUCAGACUGCAGCUCAGCACUCACUCUUCUCCAGAGUCACCGUUAAACCUGUGGAUGUGGAGCUUACAGUAACUCCAGAGGCAGGUACCAACAUUGAACCUGCUCCAACUCAGCAGCAGGCCCCAGCUCAGCCUCCAGAGCCGCCUAAGGAGGCUGCAGCUCAACCUCCUGUGAAUUAUGAAAUGACAGUUCCAACACCAGGUCAGAGUCAAGCUCAGCAUCCAAUGUCGCCCACUGUCACAGUUAGUCCUUUGCACCUCCAGCUUACCAUAAUUCCAGUGUUCACUGCAGAGGAUGAACAUUCUAUAGCUCCUUCUUCAAAGCAUCCUGAGGUGACAAUUCCACAUCCAGACCAGAUUCAGACUCAGCAGCCAAACUUGAAUGAAGUCACAGUUAAACCUUUGGACCAGGAAUUUACUGUAACUUCAGAACACACUGCAGAGGUUAACCCUUCUCCAACCUUGCAGGAGACCCCAACUCAGCCUCCAGAGCCGCCUAAGGAGGUUAUAGCUCCUGCGUAUUCUGCAAUAACCGUUCCAACACCAAGUCAAGCUCAAGCUCAAGCUCAGCAUCCAGCGUCACCCAGUGUCCCAGUUCAACAUUCGGACCUGGAGUCUACUGAGAGUUCAGUAUCCACCACGCAGGCUGAACAUCCUGUCACUCUGGAGAAGCCUGUAGCUCCACCUCCAGACCAGGUUCAGACUCAGCCUCCAAACCUGCCUGAAGUUACAGUUCAACCUUCUGAGAUGCAUUUUACUGUAAAUUACAUCUCAGAACAGAAUGCCCCCACAUAUGCCACCAACAUAUGUGAGCUCUGUACCUGCAAAGAUGAGACAAUGUCGUGUGUUGGUCUCAGCCCAAAGAAGAGGCUCCGCCAAGUGCCUGUGCAGGAGCCUAAUGCCUAUAAUGGCACCUUCACCAUCUUAAAUUUCCAUGGAAAUGCUAUUUCUCACAUUGAUGGGAAUGUAUGGAAAUCAUACCCUUGGACUGAGAAACUAAUUCUCAGUGAAAACAAUUUGACAGAAUUACGCAAAGAUUCAUUUGAAGGCCUGCUAUCCCUCCGGUAUUUAGAUUUAUCAUGCAAUAAAAUAGAGUCAAUUGAAAGAGGUACAUUUGAAACCCUACCGUUUUUGCAGUUUGUAAAUCUUGGUUGCAAUUCACUGACGGAAGUGACCUUUGGAACAUUUCAGGCUUGGCAUGGAAUGCAAUUUUUACAUACGAUAAUUCUCAAUCAAAAUCCUCUGGCCACUGUUGAAGAUUCAUAUCUUUUUAAAUUGCCAGCAUUAAAAUAUCUAGACGUGGGAACAACACAAGUCUCACUUACAACAAUUGAGAACAUCCUCAUGGAAACUCUUGAGUUGGAAAAACUGAUCUUACCUAGCCAUCUGGCCUGCUGCCUCUGCCAAUUUAAAAGUAAUAUUGAGGCUGUCUGCAAGACAGUGAAGCUACAUUGUGAGAAUGCAUGUCUGACAAGCACCACAGAUUGUCGUGAAGAAGCAUCUCUAGGGAAUACAGAAGGAUCGCUCAUGAAGGUAUUACAAGUCCGAAAGAAGCACACCAGCACUGAGCUGACUAUUGAGCCAGAGGCACCCUCGGAUAAACAUGGCAUCAGCUUGUCAGGCUUCACGAACGAGCCGCUGGGCUUCAAUGACGAAAGCGAUGUUAUUAGUGAGCUAAAUUACAUAUUGCCUUACUUCUCAGAGGGAAAUCUAGAAGAUGUAGAAUCAAUGUUAUUACCGUUCAUUAAACUGCUUUUUUCAAAUGAACAAGAUGGAGACAAGCCCCUGAGUCAUCUGCAAAACAAUAUAAAGACCCCCUCUCUUCAACCUGCAUCCAACAAUCCAACUUACGCAAAUAAACUGAGGAAACUCUAUUUUCUGAAAAAUUUAUUAGAUGCAGAAAUUAAAGAAAAAAUUGAUGAGGUUAAAAAGAAAGAGAAAGCUAUCAUGCUUAUGCAGUCCAGCCUUUUGGGUCCCAAAUUUAAACGCCAAAUCUUUCCCCCAAAAUUGGAAACCGCUCAAUCACAGGAAAACAGCCUGGCAGAGACUGAGGGUAUAGGGAAAAGGCGGCAGAGGAUGAAGAUAGUCCUCAAGGGGCCCAAUGGUGUAAGGAAAAAGCUCUUAGAGGAGAGAAUCCGGAGGAAACAGAGUGCCUGGCCAGUUGCAAAGGAAAUUGCCGAAGCGAGAAGGCUUGGGAGACCAGUCCCGAGUGAACUGGAACAGCUUCCCGGGGUGCAGAGCACCAAGAAGUUUGUGGAAAGCUCCUUGCACACCAAGCCUUCGUUCACACAGGAGCAUGAGGCAGCUGUCUCUUCUUUGCUGGAACAAGGCUCGGUGGGCGUGCCUGCUGCUCCCACCACUGCGAAACCCCCACCUAAGGUUAAAAACAAAUCAAAAGACUUGGCCGACACCAUUUUUGUUUUAGAAGCUGCAAAUACUCGAGUUAAAAGUAUGGAGGCUGCUAAGCCAAUCGUACAAGAGGUCAAAAAGGAAAGUUUGCUCAAAAGACUGGUAUUUGCAAAGAGGCCUCCAUUCUCUCCAGUCAGGCGCCUCAUAAAUUCCCCUUCAUGGGAAGCUUUUUCAUCUUCAGGAGACCCAAGUCAUCAGGAGAAUGCUUUUCCAGAGUUAUUUUCCCUUUCAGAAGUUUCUACAGAGCACAUUGGUACAUCCCCUGAAGGAAAUGCUUUGGAAGCAAAGAUUUCUGCAGGAAGCACUGCUGUGCCCGAAGAAGCUGUCCCUGAACGCACAACCUAUGAGAAUCCUUCCACUGCAGGGUCCACUGGGGAUGCUUUCAACAUAAUGCCAACGGUUAAAGAAGCCAGCGACACCCAGUGGGAAUACCACAACACCGGCACUGACUUCACCCCCAUGCCCCACGGCUUUAAUUAUCCCGUGCGCUCAUCCCCAGGUGAUCAGUUUGAAAUGCAGCUAAACCAGCAGCUACGAUCCCUCAUCCCCAACAAUGAUGUGCGAAGGCUCAUUGCUCACGUCAUCCGGACUUUGAAAAUGGACUGUUCUGAGAGCCAUGUGCACUUGGCCUGUGCCAAGCUCAUCGCUAGAACAGGCCUCCUGAUGAAGCUUCUCAGUGAGCAGCAAGAAGUGAAAGUAUCCAAGGCAGAAUGGGACACAGAUCAAUGGAAAACCGAGACCUAUAUCAGUGAGAACACAGAACCCCAGAGCGAGCAGAAAGAGCAGGAGUCAAGUGAGCUCACUAAAAAAGUUCCAAGAUAUGGCUAUAACAACAAACUCAUCUUGGCAAUAUCUGUGACUGCAACAGUGACGAUUUUGAUUAUAAUUUUCUGUCUCCUUGAGAUUUAUUUUCACAGGAGAAGAACACAGGGAGAACUAGAAGGAUCCUCGAAGAGGGAGCUCACGGAAGUUGUGGUGACCACACCGGUGGAGUCAGCUGAAACACCAGAAGAGGAGGAGGAGGAGGAGGAGGAGGAGGAGGAAGCAUAGUGCCCCAGCCUGCCUCAGGCAACCUGUCAAUAAAUUCUCUAACAUUGGCUUCUCA